UCUAUGUCACCACGGCUAAGAACGGAAAACCAGCCUUUGGUCGCAAGAAGAAGGACAGGUUGCUAGAAGAUUAUGGUUUCGACAUCCUCGGCCAAGCAUUUGGUAUCCCUUCUCGCGUCGACUUUGAACGUGAAGCAGAGCGAGAAGUCCGUCGCCGCCAGGCGUUCACAGUCCAAAGCCCAACGCCUCCUUUUACACCGCGUGGGGGUUCUACUAAGCAUCACAACAUUUUCAAACGUGAAAGCCAUCCCAUUACUGUAAACAAGAAAGGGCUUCGAUCUGCUUCUACUUCUACUCCUGUUCGCAUCCAUCGCGGGACCGGAAGUGAAGAUUCGACUUUGACGUCAAAUAACCUCUGUCCACCAGCAAACCCGAGCCCAGUGCCGUCUCCUAUGUGGGACUUUGGCAGUAGUAUGGCUAUGUCGCCCAACCGCGGUUUCCCAAUGACGUCGACUGCUAACCCUCAAGCAUUUGCUCUUCAGCUCCCAACUGCCAGUAGCUUCUCACAGUCACAGCCUAUUGUAGUACCGAGUCCUCAUUACGUACAAGCUCCAAUUCACCCGCUUUCCCAUUCGAUCGCCACACCCCUUUUCCAUCACCACAGCCAGGCCAUUUCUCCUUGUCGGGAAGUUAGACCUCCCAUUUAUCCCAUUGCCGGGCCCUUGAUAACUCAAGCGCCGCCGCCUCCAUCCCUACUCGCAGCGAUGCCGUUGUCAGCGAAGCAACCACGCGACGACUCGCGCACAGCAGCAUUGAACAGUUCGCUGCCUCUCAGGUACAGCCCCAGCGAAGCUAAAAUGUGCGAGGAGCACUAUAUUGCAACUAGGAAAGCCACCACAAAAGGAACGGAUAAGCAAGGGGACAGGAAAACGAAGAAAAUGAAAGGGGCUGGGCGAGAUAUUGGCAAACACAUCCAACACGUCCAUUUUUGCGCAGGCUGUGGAAGAGUGCGAUCCAAGAGAUACCAGAAGGAACAUCCUCUAAAAAGGGGCCAGAUACCGGAUCGAGAUUAUUGCACUAAAUGUCAGCGUGAAGCUGUCCUCGCGGAGAGCGAUGACGCUGAUGACACUGACGUCAACGUAAGCCAUAAUGAAACUCGUGCGGAUAUCUUAGAAGCUGACCACCGUGUGCAGAAUGCUACUGAAUACCAUCAAACCCCCACGGUUACCACGAAUGUGUCUUGUACUGAUUGUAGUAAGGAGCGAUAUGGCAAGAAAGCUUGUGGAUCACGUAAAAAAAACAAGUCGGGAUGUUUUAGUUCCUCCUCAAGCAUCCUGACCGAUUCGACUGUUGCAGAGGGUUAUACUAUGCUACCUCCGUCAGUAUCUUCAGCAGGAGAGUCAGAUGUUGGAGUUACAGCAUCCGCCCGAGGUCCGAAGACGGGACAGCAUAAGUGUAGGCGUUCAAAGUCGCUUGUUGGAGAAACCGCCCAGAAAGUCGAUAGCAGCGUGCCUCCGUUAAGCCCCGAUGCGUCCCGAGAGAAUAAGGAAGCGAUUCUGAACAACGAUACUCGUAUGGAGAAUUCUAACCCGGCGGCUAAUACAGAGGGGGACGAACCGAACAUAUACGCCAACAGCGCUUGUGCUCCUUCCAAGACUCCUUUUGAAAAUCAUUCUAGAUUCUCACAGCAACCCUCUCCAGAAGUACUUCCUAAAACGAGACCCAAGAUUUCCCCACAGAGCGUUUCGGAUCGUCCGGAAGUUACUCCUCUGUAUUACGAUGGCCACGAUGAGAUGAAUACGUCCAUGUAUACAGACCACUACCACCGCUCUAUUGACAGAGAAACUCAGGCGCCUCAAGCUACGUAUUCCGAUGACCACUAUCGCAAUUCUCGCAACAAGCAGCCAACCAACGGAUUUUGUAAGUCGGUUCACGAAUACAACCAUCCUUGUGAGAGCAUGAAAAACUCUCACGUCUACGAGCCGCAGGCACGUGCAUACGCAACGCCUAGGUAUGAGCAACCUGCUGUAGAAUCAGAAGUUUCUCAGCGGGAGCGUUCUCAUCGAAGACGAGUUCGGCGACACCAAGAUGGCGGUCGAGCGUAUCGCCAUGAACAUGGAGAAGGACACAUGGAAAACGCCAUGGGACCGGAGACCCCAUGUGAUCCUGACUAUGUUUCCGGAUGGGAUUUGCCGCCGACGCCUAUAGAUCUAUCGCAUGCUUACCAAACCACUGACCCAUAUUUUAUGGGCGAGACCUGGGAUGCCAAUCAGGGGGGCGAGGAAGAGCUUGGACAGGGUUAUGAGUUCAUGGCCGAGGAAGACUUGAUCUCGGCUGCCAAAUUCUUUGACGACAUGACGGGUCCUUUCUGCGACUCCGGGACUUCCUCGUUCCCCAUGCCGAAAUCUAUGACGCGCACUGAGAUCUCGAUAGAGUCGUGUUAUUCUCGCAGAGGGGCCGAUGGUUCCACCCUUCCUCCUGCUGCUUACGAACUGUAUGAGUCAUCAGAAUUAGACUCGACGGCUGACAAGGAGGAAAGCCAGGCCAAAACCCUUGAAUUUUCUAGCAAAGUCGACCGAGACGAGAAGACCGCUAGACGAACUGGCAGCGGAGCCUCUUCGACGUACUAUCAUCGGCAAAAGCCUCGAGAAAGACAAUCCGAGUCUUCGCUGAAGCUGCGUGAGGAGAACCCUUGCUAUUCUGACGAGAGAGAGACGGGUAGCUCUCUGGACCUGUCGCCUCGGGACCCUGCAUCCUCUACGAUUGCCCAUACAGGCCAUUCACUGGAAGGCUUGCUGCCGGACUUGAGCGAUCACGCCAAACUAGCUGUCAUCGGUAAACGCAGACGUGUCCGUCAGUUGUUGGGACUAUAAUACUACCCCUUUCCCUUUUUGUAUCACCUGUUUGUACUCGUCUGGGCCCACGUUUCAGACAUUCAUGAUCAACCUCUACCAUCGGCCCCCGACUUUCAACAACAUAUAUCUUCAAUGCACUUUCGCACUUGGAUGGAGAUGAGUUAAUACGGAGUCGGUGGGUGAAUUGAAGUACACUUGGUAGAUUAUAUCUGUUGAAAAGCGUGGUCAUUGAGGAAGGGUGAAUCGGAG